GCUUCCGCCACUUGAUGUCCAACAUGGCGGCCUCCAUGGCCAGAGCUUGCCGCUAUGUUAUUCGACAUGGUUACUCUAUUCCGACGACUGUAUGCCUCACACUCCUACGUGGGUUUCACCAAUCUUCCUCUGUUUGUAAUGGGCUCCUCCAUGGGUUAAACAAACGCGGCAUUCUGAAGGACUCUUUCCCCGAGGACGCGGCACACGAUCGGCUCCCCGCCUUGUUGCAGUCGGGUGCUCAGACGGUCUACUGCGGCUUCGACCCUACGGCGGACAGCCUCCACGUCGGCAACCUCCUCGCCCUUAUCGGUCUCCUGCACUUCCGCAACGCCGGCCAUCAUGUGGUCGCUGUGCUCGGAGGGGCCACCGCGCAGAUCGGUGAUCCAAGCGGGAAAACAACGGAGCGAGAGCGGCUGUCCCCAGACGCCGUGAAGGCGAACACCCGCAGCAUCCGGGAGAGUAUCCACAGGAUUUUCACCAACCAUGAACUCAACUUCCAUGACGGUUCAAAGGCGCUGGGAACCGUGACCGUGCUGGACAAUCUCAGCUGGUACAAGGACUGGAACGUGGUCCGUUUCCUCUCGGAGGCCGGGAGACACUUCCGGAUGGGGACCAUGCUGAGCCGCCACAGCGUCCAGUCCAGGCUGCGGAGCGGGGACGGCAUGAGCCUGACCGAGUUCACCUACCAGGUGUUGCAGGCCUACGACUUCUACCACGUCAACCAGAUAUAUGGAUGCAAGAUUCAACUGGGGGGCACGGACCAGCUGGGCAACUUAAUGUCCGGCCAUGACUUCAUCCACAAGGUGAGCGGUGAGGAGGUGUACGGCCUCACCAUCCCACUGGUCACCAGCUCGAUGGGGGACAAGCUGGGCAAGACGGCGGGCAACGCUGUUUGGCUCAACCGUGACAAGACGUCGCCCUUCGAGCUCUACCAGUUUUACCUACGACAGCCCGACGCCAGCGUGGAAUGGUACCUGAAACUGUUCACCUUUCUUCCUCUGGCUGAGGUGGAGAGACUGAUGGAGCAGCAGAGGGAGGAUCCUGCUAAACGUCUGGCCCAUAAACGACUGGCAGCGGAGGUGACAAAGUUGGUGCAUGGGAAGGAGGGUCUCGAGAGCGCCAAGAGAUGCACCAACACUCUGUACCACAGCAGCGUGCAAGCCUUGGAGGAGAUGAGUGACUUGGAGCUGCAGGAGCUCUUCAGAGAGGCUCCCUUCCAUGAACUGCUACUGGAACCCGGGAUCACUGUCAUUGACGCUUGCCGAAGGGUCAGCGCCAUCCCAGAGGGCCCCAAAGGUUAUCGGAUGAUCUCGGAGGGAGCGGUGUGGCUCAACCACAAACGGGCAGACAAACCUGAUCAAGUACUGAUCCCAAAGAUCCACGUCCUGGCCAAUGGACUUACCCUGCUCCGAGUGGGCAAGAAGAACUUCUACAUCAUCAAAUGGCUCGGCCUCUAAAGUGCAAGGACCACUUUACUUGACUGGGAAGGGUGGACCACCUAAGAAGGUGCGUGGAAGUGAUGGAUAAUUUACACAUUUUCCAGCCUAAUUUGUUUAGGUAUAGGUAUUGUACAGAGGUGAUGUUUAUUUUUAUUAACUGUAUUAUUAAAAAAUUAUUUUAUUGUUGAUAUGCUCACGUUUAUCUCCCACUAAACUCUUGCUAGUUGAGCAGCAGGGGGCAGCAUUGUACCAAACAUAAAAUGAUGGUAGUGCUAGGACCUCUUCGAAAUCACUGAAUAUUUAAUGCUAACAUCUUUGUUUGUUUUGAGCAACAAAUGUAGCAUAUAGUGCCUUUGACAUUUCCUAAAUUAAUUCAAGAGAAGGAAUGAGGCCAACAUCUUUUGGUGUUGUUUUAGACUUGUCAUUUUUCUAAGAUGGAUUUAUUUAAAAAGAUGAAUUUUACUGAUAAGAUGUUAUUGUGAACAUCGUUUCAAAAUUUAUUCCAGUAUAGUUUAUGCCAGUUUUUGUCAUAUACUGUGUAUUUGUACAUGUCAAAAUGUAAUUUAUUCCACCAAGGUACCGCAUCCAGAAAAAUCUAAGCAUGCUGAGACCCCAUAAUGAUAAUUCUAAUGAUGUAAAUAGUGUAACAAUUAAUUCACUACAUGCAUCGAUUUAUAUUCCUGUGAUUCAAUUUUUUUAUUCCGAAUGGCAUAUAUCAAUGUAAUAUUGUUUAAAAAGAUAAACAAUCUAUUGAAUCGACACUAGGAAAUAAAGUAUUACACUUACACUCGCGUGUAAGAGAGUGCAGCUACACUCGUUGAUGUACAGCUAACCAGCUAUGUUAUCAUAUGCUAAUUUCUUUUUAAUUUAGGAGUGUCAGUUUGAAAUACCUCGGGUACCAAUGGUGCUCUAUAAGUAAACUUGCCGUGCCUUGCCUGGGAUUGCACGAUUUACUGUAAAGUCAAUAAUUCAUCAUUCCAAGUUAUACCAAGCUCUGUUGAUCCUGAGUUAGUAUUGCAUUUAUGGCAUUUGCAUUUUUACUCAUUGAUCAUUUAUUCAUAAGUAUGUCAGCAAUAUUCAUCAUUUACAUCUGAUUCUGUUACAAAAAAAAAAUUGGAAUCUAGGAGACUUCACCUGCACUGUCCAGUAUCCAGGUAUUUAUUUCACA